AUGCGGCACCGAGCGGGGGGCGGGGGGUGGUGCUCGAGCCAGGAAAUGCGGGUCACGGCGCACCCAGAAGGGGACGGGUCCAACGGGGAGUUCGAGGCUGGACCCGCACCCAGGAGUGAGGAGAGGGAGACGGAGGGGGACGACAGAGCGUUUCGGGACAGAAUGGGGGCGCGGCAAGUUCCCGGAGCAAACCCGGAAGACACCGGACGGCUGGAGCCUUAG